AUGGCCCCUCUCGGCCCAGCAGUGGCGGGCAGUCCGUGGCGCGUUGAUGUGAAUUUCGUGGCAAAGGGCGUGCUGCACGCCGAAGCCCAGGCUACCCUGGAGCUGAUGCCUGAAGAGGCCCUGCGCAUCAUCACACACCCAGCUGGCGACGAACUGUUCCGCGUGGUUAGCCGCCGCACGGUCGCCGUGCCGCUCACCAGGGAGCAGCGUGGCGGGGACGACGGUGAGCACGACGGUAUGCUCUCCAGCGUCGAGGUAGAGAACCGCGCGCCGGUGCGGAUCGUCGCUUACAAGUUCUGGGCCAUCAGCCGCGUGCAAUUUGAUGUGCGUCUUGCCCAGGCAACAGUGCCAGAGGCGGGGCCCAUCAGGGCAUUCCGGACAGCGGCGAUCAGCAGCGGCGGCCGCGGCAGCACCAGCCACCCUGGGAGGGCCGGCAGCAGCGUCACGUUCAAGCUGCUCAGCUCGAACAUGCUGAAGCAAUUGUCAGGUGGAUGGCGGCUUGAGCCCCUGUUUGGGCCGCCGGGCUGCGGGGUGGCCAAGGAGGUGGUUGGGACCCGGCUGAGCUAUGAGCACGACGUCCAGCCCAAGGGGCUGCCGCCGGGGGUGCAGUACGUGCCAGGCAUGAGCGGCGCCGUGUGCACGUCAGUGGCCAAGGAGGUGCGACAAAUGGUGGACAAGAUUGCCUACGUUGCCGACAAGGUCAGCAGGGGCCUUCCAGUGGUGGCCGCGCUGGAGCAGACAGUGGAGGAGCUGCGGGCAGCAGGAGGAUCCUUCAAAAAGCUGCAGGCGGCGCGGCAGAGGAGGCCGGGGGCGCUCAUUGCAGCAAGCCGCGGAACUGCGGGCAAGGUGCACUUGAAGAGCGUCCCGCUGCUGCUGGAUGUCGAAUGCACCUAG